AUGGACUACUUUCCCACCGUUCUCCACCGACUCGCCGACUGGUUCCUCCACUUCCUCCUCCCCGCCGAGCUCAAACGCCCCCGCCCCCUCUUCCAAAAUCACCCCUCCAAGCCCCCCACGCCCCUCCACGCGCCGCCCUACCCCGACGUCUCCAGGUGCCGGCCCCGCACCUCCCACACCCUCACCUGCGACGUCCACCGCUGCCUCCUCAGGUCCCCUUCCUUCUUCCCCUUCUUCAUGCUCGUUGCCUUCGAGGGCGGCGGCCUCCUACGCGCCCUACUCCUCCUCCUCACGUUCCCCGUCACGUGGUUCCUGGGCAAGGAGCUUGGGAUGCGGGUCAUGGUGUUCGUCACCUUCUGCGGGCUCAGGCCCGAGGACGUCGACGGCGUGGCCAGGGCCGUGCUGCCGAAGUUCUACCUGGAGGAUCUCAACCGGCACGCGUACGAGGCGUUUGUGUCUGCCGGGAGGCGGGUUGUGGUCACGAGCGUGCCCAGGGUCAUGGUGGAGGGGUUUUUAAAGGAGUACUUGGGGGCGGAUAAGGUGGUCGGGACAGAGUUGCAUCUAGCGGGCCGGUUUUAUACGGGCUUGGUGUCGGGCUCGCGGUUGGUGGCGAAGCACAGGGCUGCCAGGGAGAUUUUCGGGGAUAAAAGGCCAGAUAUAGGUAUCGGGAGCCCAAGCCCGGACGACCAUCUGCUGAUGUCUCUUUGCAAGGAUGCAUAUCUAGUCACCAGCGGCGGCCCGUCCCUCCCUCGAGAAAACUACCCGAAGCCACUAAUCUUCCACGAUGGCCGCAUCGCGUUCCUCCCGACCCCCUCGGCCUCCCUCGCCAUGUUCCUCUGGCUCCCGUUCGGCCUCCUCCUCGCCAUCUUCCGCCUCCUCAUCGGCAUCCUCCUCCCCUACCGCCUCUCCCUCCUCCUCGGCAUCGCCAGCGGGAUCCGCAUCAACUUCACGGGCCGGGCCCCUCCACCGUCUCCAGGCCGGGCCGGAACACUCUUUGUCUGCUCCCACCGCACCCUCCUCGACCCCGUCUUCCUCAGCACCUCCCUCGGACGACCCCUCACCGCCGUCACCUACAGCCUCAGCAAAAUGUCCGAAAUCCUUGCGCCCAUAAGGACCGUCAGGCUGACCCGAGACCCCCACCGUGACGCGCGCACAAUGCGUAGCCUUCUGGCCGAGGGGGACCUUGUCGUCUGCCCCGAGGGGACCACGUGCCGGGAGCCAUAUUUGUUGAGGUUUAGCUCGUUGUUUGCUGAGCUGGCUGAGGAGAUAGUGCCGGUGGCCGUGAACACGAGCGUGACCAUGUUCUACGGGACGACAGCUGGAGGGCUGAAGUGUUUGGACCCGAUAUUUUUCCUGAUGAACCCGAGGCCGUUCUACAGCGUGGAGAUUCUGGAGAAGGUGCCGACGGAGAUGACGUGUGCGGGCGGGAAGUCGAGGCAUGAGGUGGCGAAUUACAUACAGAGGGAGCUGGGGAAUGCUUUAGGGUUUGAGUGCACUAACCUGACGAGGAAGGAUAAGUACUUGAUGCUUGCUGGGAAUGAGGGAGCGAAUGGUAGUUUGAUCCGAGUUGUCCGGAGCUUCUCGCUAGAGACUGGGAGGUGCGCCUUCUCUAUGAUUGGCUCGGAAAAGAUCGAUCAACAAUUGGAAACGAGGAAGCGUAGUAAAGAACGUUGGCGCUUUCUUUUCAUCACUUCCCUUUCAAACUUUUAUAGAAAUCAGGUAAGGCCGGAAGUACAGAUAUUCAUUCAACCAAAAACCAACCACCGACCCGAAACCGAUCGGGGAGACCGGCGUGAAUCAAAUUUAGCGGACUCGCUGGCCUCACUGACUACGCGAAGUCCCGGCGGGCUUCAUGUGUUGCAGAUCCCUCCAGGAGACGUUAAACCAUGGCUGGAACACGACACUCUCAGUGUUUCCUACCCACGGAACGUAGUUGUGUGA